CAGCCGCAGCGAACAAUCGGCCCUCAGUUAUUUAUUCGUGCAGCUCACAGCCUCAGUCCGCUCAGUCUGCUGCUGGCCGUCGGCGCGCACACACGUACAUGGAGGAAACCAGAGGAAGGAGAAACUCGCGAAACUUGUGGACAUUUGUUGGAUUGAACGCACAAUUUUAGGAGAUUACGCCAGCGUUAACUCUUCCCUGUGUGAUGAGACUAUCAUUUGGUUUGUGAUUACAAAGUGACCUGACUGCCACCUCUAGGCUGCUUUUUCAGCUAAUUUCCCACUGACUGAAAUGAGAACCGCUGAAGGCUCAUCUGGAACGGUCCUGCACCGUCUCAUCCAAGAGCAGCUGCGCUACGGGAACCUGACAGACACUCGCACACUUCUGGCCAUCCAGCAGCAGGCCCUGCGCGGGGGCAGCAGCAGCAGCGGCGGGGGCACCGGCAGCCCUCGCUCCUCUCUGGAGAGCCUUACUCAGGAGGAGACCCAGUACAUCCAGAUGUCAACACGACAAGAGCCUCAAGGCCAGGAGCACCAGGGGGACUGCCUCCACUCUGAGAGCCAGCUGUGCCAUCUGUACCAGCUCCAUGGAGAGGAGCUGCCCACAUAUGAGGAGGCCAAGGCCCACUCCCAGUACCUGAUCUCUCAGAAGGGACAAGAAGGACCCAGCAUGGACAUAAUGGGGAGUCGCGGUGAAGGACAAUGGGAUUUGAAAAGGGAGCAUGCUCGCUCCCUCAGCGAGAGGCUCAUGCAGCUUUCUCUGGAGAGGAACGGAGCUAGAGACAGUCUGGCUAUGAGCUCUUCACACAGCUAUCCACAGCUGUAUCAUAAUAUAACAAACGCGGUGGCGCCUGACAGGCAAGGCGCCCAACAGUUUGUGGAGCAGCGUGGGCCGCCCCCGGACUACCCACUGUUUGCCAGACAUCCUGCACACAUGCUCAGCCAUUCACAGGAGCAUGUGCAGUACUACAGAGACCCUCCUCCCCCCUUUCACUCACAGCAUCACAGGUAUGUGUCUGCUCAGUCCCAGGUGGCUCACAGCAGCAUCACAGCAGCCUCCAGCAACAGCUCGGCCCAGACCGACAUGUUGAUGCGGGAGAACGAGCGGCUCAGGAAGGAGUUGGAGGUCUACAUAGAAAAGGCUGCCAGGCUGCAGAAGUUGGAGUCAGAGAUUCAGAGGAUAUCUGAAGCUUAUGAGACUCUGAUGAAAGGCUCUGCCAAGCGGGAGACUCUGGAGAAAACAAUGAGGAAUAAACUGGAGGCGGAGAUAAAGAGGAUGCAUGAUUUUAACAGAGACCUGAGAGAUCAGCUCGACUCAGCUACAAAGCAGCGAACAGCCAAGGAGGCCGAGUGUUCAGACCAGAGACAGCAUGUCUUUGUUAAACUGCUGGAGCAAAAUGAGGAGCAGCAGAGGGAGCGCGAACAGCUAGAAAGGCAGAUACAGCACCUGCGUGUCUCUGGCGAGGAGUGCCAGCGGAGACGGGAGCUGCUCGAGCAGGCUCUGGCCUCCACGCAGGUGCGCAACCGGCAGCUAGAGGAAGAACUGCAGAGGAAGAGAGCGUACGUAGAGAAGGUGGAGCGGCUGCAGAGCUCGCUGGCUCAGCUGCAGGCAGCAUGUGAGAAGAGGGAGGCGCUGGAGCUGCGACUGCGCACACGACUGGAGCAGGAACUGAAAAGCCUCAGGGCACAACAGUCUCAGAAACAGGCAGCUGACCCCACAGCUUCAAAACUGAGCUCCUCCACGCUGCAGCAGCAGCUGAGGGAGAAAGAGGAGCGUGUUCUGGCCCUGGAGGCAGACAUCACCAAGUGGGAGCAGAAGUACCUGGAAGAAAGCACCAUGAGACAGUUUGCAAUGGAUGCAGCUGCGACUGCUGCAGCACAGAGAGAUACAACUAUCAUCAAACAUUCACCUGGAAAUUCACCAAACAGCAGUUUUAAUGAAGACCUGCCCUUAUCGAGUCAUAGACAUCAGGAGAUGGAGAACAGGAUCCGUGCACUUCAUGCUCAGCUCCUGGAAAAGGAUGCUGUGAUCAAAGUCAUCCAGCAGCGCUCCAGGUGGGAGCAGGGCAGGCUGGAGAAACAGGGGCUCCGUCUCGCCAGAUCCGUCCCCUCUAUCAACACUGUGGCCAGCAGCAUAGAGAGUAAAGGAAAGAGCCUCUCAGAUGACCAGACAGGUGCUGCUGCACUGCAACCCCAACCCCGCGUGGGGCCCAGGGCCCCAAGCCGAGACUCCAGCACCCAAAGUGACGAGGUCCCGCAGGAGCAUGAGCUCACAGAAGAGCCUGGCAAGCUAAAGACGUCUGAGAUGACUUCAGCAGCUACCACUGACACCACGGAGGAGCCAAAGGCACUCAAGACAUUCAAGAGCAUCAACGGCUCAGAUGCAGAGGUGGAAAUCCUCAUUUGAGCGCUCACUACAGCUGAUAUGACUGAACGGUGACAAGCCAAGACUUGUUCAAGGUGGCUAUGGUGUUCAAGGCCUUCCUUCAUGUCUGACCACAAGUAAAGAAAGGCUGGUCGAUGUGAGCAGAGCAAUUUCAGUCCAGAAUGUGGCGCAGUUUGGGGAGGAGAGCUGAGCUUUCCUUCAACUGCACAAUUCACAAAUACUGACAUUUGCCUCAAGAGUUCUUCAAGGUACCUGGACAGUUUUCUGCAUACUGAAAGGAACUGGGCUGCUGGUUGUGCAUAUACAUGUGCAUGUUUUCGUUAUGUAUUGUAUUUAUAUUUGUAAAUGCUGCUCAUAUUGUGAUGUUACUUUUAUGUAUGAGAGGUGAGAAGAACAAGGAUUAGUCACCUUGCUCAGCUCCACUUAAAUUAUACUCAAUUUUCUGGAUUAAGUGUGCAACCCUUUUAUGUUUUGUUUAUUUUAAAGUUCCAGUAGCGAUCCUAUUACCAUGCCCUCUGAACGUAAUGGGAAUAUUUAUAAUGUAAGCAUCCUCUAUGUUUCAUGCCAUGUUUGGGGAUUAUUCUGUUUAACAGAAUGACUCAAACCUAAUUUAACAGUUGUUCCUCUCUUUAAAAUACAUUUGGGGCCCAUGCUCACAGCUCAGAAGAAGAUUUAGAAACGUUGAAUGCCUCUGCUCAUUUCUCUCUUUAAAAAAAACCCUGUGAGGAUUGACAGUGUUUCAUGAGGGUCUAAUUUUCCAGAUCCCGGGUUAAUGUCCGGGGCCUCUGAUGGCGACUGCCCAGCAUUUCGCUCCCCUUCGCUGACACACUGGAGCUAAUCUUCUCACAUUCCCUCGCUGAGGGAAUGCUCCCGUUAAAGAAAAAGGCUAUCUAAAGUCUGACCCCUCGCCCUUGUUAAAAUGGCAUGCAUUCUCCACAUGAUUCUCUUUCUGGUGCUGGUUAUUUCUUCUGAUUCGCGGUAGCGGGUUCUACCGUGAGCAUAGAAAUGGUCAACUAUAAUUGGCUUGCAUUUGCUACUCUAUUUGUUGUCCCCAUCACUGUGUUAUAUUCAGCUGUGUUUUCCCCAUUGCUCAAGUAUCUCACAUUUCUGAGUGGACUAUAUCCUUAACAUGGAAUCUUCUAUUUAUUUCUCCCUGCAUAGUGUAGGAUCACUGUACACUGCUGAAUGUAGACUUCUGUAUUCCACGACUGUGUCCCUUUGUAUUUAACUGGAAUGUGCCACAACUCAGAUUUGUUCUGCUUUUAGAGGGGAAUAACGCUAAGCUAAUAUAUUGUCCUACAGUUUUGAAUUGCUGAAUUGUCAAGGUCCCUCUUGACAAAAUUAUCAACAGGAGUAUUGUUAGUUGUCCCACAAAUAGCAUGUGAAAUCCCACAUUUGGCUGGUAUUCCCCCCUCGAGCGUUUUCACCAUAUUUCCCGUCACAAUGUGUUUGCUGGUCAAUGCAGUGUGUCAGUUUGACUUAAUGCCCUUCACUUUUUUGGAAUGUGUUUACAUGAAUGGCUAUUUGAAGUGAGAGAAGUUAAUAUAUUUUGUAGUUGUUUUUGUUGUCGUUGUUUUUUCAUUUGUAUACUUUUUUGUUUUGUUUUCUGGUGCCAAAGAUGUACUCUACUUUUAAGUUAUAACCGAUGACAAAUACAAAAGGUCCUGUUAAGGUGCCUUGCUUCAGCUGGUUGACCCAUUUUGAUGUUGCUGUGAACUUUUGUAAAGGAAACAUUUGUAUGUAUGCCUUAACAUUUCACUAUAAUAGAUUAAAUUCUUAAUAUAUGUCUGGUAAA